ACCUGUAACUCAGGCCAGAAGACUAACGGAUAUGUCAAAUGCAAACCUAAUCUAAAGCUUCAAUUUUUACUGAUUUUCCUCUUUCCUUUGUUGAUUUCAGAAUCUGAAGGUAUAUCCCAUAUACCUUGUUGUGAGACCUAUGUAAGAGACAAGAAGAGGAAGAGUUGGAGAACAAAUGAAGAGGAAAAGAGAAGGAUUUGAGAAGAAAGGCUCAGAGAUAAGGUCUGUCAUUGAAGAGCUUUCAUCUGUUGUCAGAGUUAAACCUGGGGUUCAUCAGGAAACAGCCCUCAUCCCCUCAAGGCCCUUUCUCUCCAUCUGCAACUUGUUUCUCCAAGUUCUUGAUAAGAUUGGACCAACGAUGGCGGUAUUGAGACAAGACGUACACCAGAAUAUUCAGAGAUUGGAGAAGCUGUAUGAAUCAGAUCCUUCAAUUUAUUCGAAUUUGGUGGAAGUUUUGAAGAAAGAGGAUAGCGAAGGGACUGCAAGAAAGCCUACCAGUUCUGCCAGAGCCUUGGUCUGGCUCACUAGGUCCAUGGACUUCGCGGUAGCUCUGUUGGACAAGUUAGUAAAGGAACCAGACCAGACUAUUGAGCAAGCGGUGGAGUCUUCUUAUGAUAUUGCAUUGAAACCAUGGCACGGUUGGAUCUCUUCAGCUGCUUACAGAGUAGCUCUCAAGUUAAUCCCUGAUAGAAAAACCUUCAUUUGCUUACUAAUGGCCGGGGAUGAAGACUAUGAUAAGCUUAAGGAGGACUUGCAGAGUUUGGUUUCACUGCUUUUGCCUCUUUUAGAUGACAUCCACUCUAUCCUGAGAAGCUUUCGAUUGGACAAGUUAAAAUCCUCCUAAUUAAGGAGAGAGAGUACAUAAAGCAAAUUAAAACAAGUUGGCUUUUCUUCUCUAACAUAGUUUGCAUGUACAAAUUAAGUGUUAAUUUUGGCUGACUUUUGAGUAACUCUUCAAUCUUAUGUACAUAUACAUAUGUAUUUCUUUUACUACCUAGUAAAUGAGUAAAAUUUUGUGAAUUACAU